AUGAGCUUCGUACCUGUCAACCCGCGGCCUAUGCUGCAAGACCUCGUCGACAAGACGGUGCUGGUCCGCCUGAAGUGGGGAGAGACGGAGUACAAGGGAAGAUUGGUGUCUAUUGACAGCUACAUGAACCUGCAGCUGUCCAAUACCGAGGAAUACCUGAACGACAAGCUGACCGGCGAGCUGGGUCAAGUUCUCAUCCGGUGGGUGCUGCUGCCGCCAUGGAUGGCUACGCUCCGUCUCUCUACCUACUUUGUUCAUGGAUCCUAA